AUGAAACCAACGAAACUCUCACCCUCUCCGACCGAAGAAAUCCGAAAAUCCGAUCUAGCCGACAAUCGAAGGACACCUAAAGUGAAAUCAUCUGAAGCUGCUCUCGAUCCUAUCGACUGCAACGAGUCUCGAGAAAUGGCAAACGUUAGGGGUCCUUUCGCCGAAUCCGGCGAUCCUCAGACAAGCAUCGAGGGAGAAGUUGGAGAAUACAGUGCAGAGACACCCUUGGAAGUGACGACGAUGUUGCUGUUUACGGUUUGGUGGCUUGUCUUCGCGUCUCCUGUGAUUCUCGCGGUGCAACGGGCAAAGGAGCUUGGCGACGGAAAAGCGUCACUGUGCGACAUGGUUUUCAAUAGUGACUUAACGAAAACAGGAGUGGUCACGUCGCCAGGAUAUCCGAAUCCUUAUUCACCGAGGACACACUGUACAUACGACUUUCAGGGACGAGGCAAGGAACGAGUUCAAGUAGUGUUCCAGGAUUUGAACUUGCACCAUACGUCGAACGGGGAAAAUGGAUGCGAAGGUGCGGACUCAUUAGUAGCGUACGUGGACAUAGAUAGGAAGAAGGAGAAAAUAUAUUCGUUUUGCGGUGAAAAGCCGUUACGGCCUAUCAUGAGCAACGGACCACGACUUUCCUUGGAAUUCAACGGCAGCACGUCGUCACGUCACUCGAGAGGCUUCAAGGCUGUAUAUUCCUUCACCGAGAACUUUGGCAUAACUACAGGCCGGCAAGAGGCGGAAUAUCCAUGCGCCUUUGUUUACAACAGUAACGAAACACGGAACGGUACGUUCGCGUCGCCGAAUUACCCUGGCCUCUAUCCACGCAACACGGAAUGCCAUUAUUUCUUCAAUGGCCAGCCGAACGAGAGAGUCCAUCUUCACUUCCACUUCUUCGAUGUCGAGGGCGUGAUGCCCUGCGACGCGAUUUCCGCUAGCGACUUCGUCGAAUUUUCCAAUUACAUGUCCACGGACCGGAAGUACUCGAGGUAUUGCGGUCAACAGAAAGAGUUCGAUGUCAAAAGUGAUAGAAAGUUCUUUCGCGUGACCUUUAAGAGUAACGACAGAUAUGACGGAACAGGAUUUAACGCUAGCUACGUGUUUGUGGACGAGGAAGGAAAUUAUACAACAAAGCCACCGACGAGCAACGCGUCAACGUUAAAAGGUGCAACGUUGCUGGUGUUGCUGUACAUGAGCCCUCUUCUCUUUGGCCGAGUUUCGCUUUAAUCACGAUCGGC